AUGCCAUGCAUUGUUAAAGUGAGGAUAUCGGGCAUACGAGAUUUUAACACCUUUGAGAAAUGUGAAAUAGAUUCCUUUAAAUAUAUUGAAGUCACAUUAGGAGAAACAAAACAAAGAAAAAAAUUCCAUAUUAAUAGAAAUAGAAAUGAUCUCAACUUAUCAUUUCGCUUAGAAAUAGCAGAUGACUCCGAACUACAAACGUGCCCUCUUAAAAUAACGAUAAGGAUCUUAAGAUACCGAAAAUACAUAUUCCAAAUGAAUAUAAAACGCACCCCAACUCAAUAUUUUUAUUUUUAUUCACAGAUAGAUGAUGUUGAAAAUAUAAUCAGUGGGUACAUUCAAAUCGAUUUUAGCUUUUUUUACUUUCAUGAUAACUUAAAACUAGAAGGAUGGUUUCCUUUGUACGACUCCUUGGCUGGGCUGCGAGGAGAACUAUACUGCAGCAUAAAAUGGGAAUUUUUCGAGGAGAAAAAUCCUUACAACGAUAAUAGUGCAGAUGUUCUGCUUCUAGGUACUACGUCCUUUCCAAAUAAUUCUCCAUACCAUAUUGAGCAGAUAAUAAACUUUGCGCACGAACUUAAAAUAGUUAACGACCCCGAAUACGAUUGGAAAGAUUUAAUUAGAUCAAAUAGAAAUUCUAACGAAGCAAGAUGUGACGUUAUACAAAACGCUUUCAUGCAAACUAGAAAAAUAAUAGGAAAGAAGGCUAAAUUGUUAGGUGGUAAUGCAAUUUUAGGUUACCAAGAGCACCUAAAUUUGGAAGGGAGUACGACUAACAAAAUUUGCAUCCGGAUCAUAGGAACUGUCGUGAAAUUAGGAUUAAAAAAUUUCAAUGACCUAAAUUAUAUUAACAUUUAUGAAAAUAACAAUAUAAAAAAUAUUCUAAGAAAUAAUGAAUUGCUCCUUCAGAAUAGCUCAGAUAAAAAUAAGGAUUUAAAAUUUGGUAAAAGAGAAAAUGCCCAUGUUAACUCAUCAUCACACAAUUUCGUUGACGUAAUUUUACUUACUCUGGAUACCCUUCCAAAUAAUAUAAAGUACACUUACGGAGGACUUGUUGCAUCGAAAGCCGUUAAGGUUUUACACCAAAGGCUGACCGAGCAACAUAGAGACGAAUGGCUGUUGGAAAUCAGGGACGAACUCAAGUCAAAUGCAAAGUUUUUAUCGUGCAAUGUUGUUCUGGGAUACAAAGAAGACUCGUACAUUUUCAAUGACGUGAUUGUACUGUUUUGCUAUGGGACAGCCAUAAAUAUAUUACCCUCCUUUUUUCAUGAUGAUAAAAUUAUUUCUUUUGCAAAUAAUGAAAAAAACAAACAUCAUACAUUAAGGGGGAAUUCUAUUAAUUCGACUAAAAAUGUGAACUGUGUUUAUUUGCACUACUCCUCAGAUGAGAUUGAAAACAACAAGGUCAUCUGCAGGGUGUGUAACGAAGCAACAGUGCCUAAAAUUUUUAUCUCCUCCUCUAACGUCCCCCAGAAUUUGGCUGUCAUUGGAAACGGCUUUUUAAUCUCGGCUUUUGUUGUUUACCCCUUGAAGAAGUACCACGGUGAACACCUGGCCUCGGAAAUCAGCGAAAUACUUCCCUUCCUCGAACUGAACCUGCACAAGCAGAUAAUAUGCAAAUUGUUAGUAAGCGGGUUUAACAGCAUCUUUGAUUACAAUUUAAAAUUGUGUUUUAAUCAGAAUUAUCUAUUUGGUUAUUGCUAUGGUACUGGGAUGUGUUCAUACGGAAUAUAUUCUGAAAAUAAGUUUUUAAUAAAAUCAAAUUAUAAGGAUAAUUUUUAUAUAAGAAAUAAAUAUAUUAGUGCUCUAGAGUUAAAAAUUAUAUAUGACAACAUAAAUUAUAGAUCUUUUUUUAGCAAAAAUAAAAGUUUAAUAUCACCUAUAUUUGUUAGAGGUGAUAUUAUAUAUGAUAAGAACUAUAACAGAAUGGAUGAUGAUAAGACGUACAAAAGUAAACUAUUAAAUGAUAGUGUUCAUAGUAAGGGUGAAGAGUCUUACAACUAUUGUGAAGAAAUAUACUCAGUUGAUGAUAAUAUAAAAACUACUGAUAGAAAUUGUAUGAAUAAAAUAAAAAACAAUAACUACUUUAGACUUAAAGAAAUUUAUCUUAAAGAAGAAGAACUACUAAAUGGAGAAUAUGCUGAUAGUAAUAAUUUAAAAAGUAUGAACUAUUACAAAAACAAAGGUGGUGGACAUAACAACAACCUUGUUGAGUACUCUAAGUUAGGUAUUAAAGAAAGGAAAAGAAUUAAAAAGAAAAAAGAAAAAAGAAAAGCUAAGAAGAUAAAAAAUAAAGGAUAUAUAUACGAAGUGGAGGAUCAUCUAGAUAAUAUAACACUGUUAAAUAUAUAUGAAGAUAGUAUUGCUUUAUAUAAUUAUAUUUUUAACCUUGACGUAAAGAAUUACCUUGUAAAUAAAAGAUAUGAUAAUGGAGUUACAAACAAAGAUAAUGCAUAUCAACAGCAGUUAGAACAACAAAACAAAGGACAUAAUCAAAUAGGAAAUAGUAGUCUAGGAAUUAAACCUAACGAAAUUGCAAAUAUGAAAGGCACUACCAUUUGCGUUCACAAUAAUUGCAGCAAAAGUAAAACAAACAAUGACCUUAUAAAUAAUGGGCAAACGAGAACUGCAAAUGGUAAGAUGCCCAUGAACGGUGAAUCGAACUGCCAGUUGAGUGAUAACUGCAAAAGGGUAGGCAACAAGAAGGUAGGGAGCGAAAAAGUGGGAGGUGAAAAGUUGGGAAGUGAAAUUAUAGAAAACGAAAAUGUAGACGGUAAAAGUGCAAACUGCAUUAGUGAACACCUCACAGAUACCUCCAAUGACAGGAAUAGAGAAGGCGCAAGGAGAAAUAUAGCCAGUGCGCAUAAUCAUUUGGAAGAUUCGGAAGAGGAAAGUCAAGAUUGUGGAAGCAAUAUUAGGAUGAAAAACUAUAAAAGAUACUUGCAAAAUUUCGAAAAGUGUAUCAGUAUGAGCAAAUCGAAUGAAGAAAAAAGCAUUAGCUCUAAUUUUUUUGAUAAACAGUUAGGAAAAUUUAACCAUUCAUUUAUUCAUGACAGAAGUGAACGCAGUUUUACAUAUGAUUGUGAUAUUAGAAAAGAAGAUUUGAAUAGUUACACCAAGUAUUUUUUCUAUAUCUGCACAUUAGACAUUAUGCCUAGUAUAAGGUUUGAAACUUUUUAUGAACAAAAAGAUAUUAAAGACCCAAAUGAAAAUUGUAUGAACAUACUAUCAAUCAGUGAACACUUAUCAGAUGAGAGAGUUACUAAACUGGUUAAAACAAAUGAGGAAAUGGAUGAUACGGAUGUUAUAAAAUCUUCACCAUAUUGUAAUAUUAUUAACGGAAAUGCAAGUUGGAACCAAAAUGGGAAAGAAAAUUCUGGUGCAGAUCACGGCAGUGAAAUGGAGAAAAAACGGGAUAUGGCAAAAAAGGAGGAUAUGUCAAACGAAGGUAGUUCCCUUAUCUACGAUAACAACAAACUGAUACAAGACGCGAGUGAAAAUGAUAAUACGUGUAAAAGAAAUAUAGGAAGAAAAAAAGAAAUGAAUGAGGAAGAGAAGAGGAAAAAGAAAAAGGAAAAAAAAAUCAAAUAUAAAAGCAAGAAUACUUAUUUAAAUAAUUUGUCUAAGAGUUAUAUAUAUUUAAUCAAAAGGAUAAAUUUAUUUUGUGAAAACAAUGAUCAAGUGGAUGUAGUGUAUGAAAAAAUUAAUAAAGCCUUCAACGAUAUGUAUAAUAUAUUUAUAUUUUAUGUUUUUGUUCAUAAUUUAUAUCCAUGCUGUAUAUGUAGUAUAAAACUACAUUUUUCCUUUAUAUCAUUUGAUAUAUUAGAAAUUAUGCUAACUGGUCAUUUAAUAAAGGUAAAAAAUAAUAACGCAAUAAAUUUAGAGUUACAAAAUAUGGACAAAUCGAUGCAAGAAAAUUUAUUAAAACAUUUUUUUAAUCAUUUGGAAAAUUAUUAUAUGGAAAAAUCACAGCUAAUUUUAAAUUCUUGCAAUUUAUGUCCGUUAGAUGUAGACAAAAUUAAUUUCAAAAAAAAAUCAUCAAACAUUGAGUCUGCUCAAUUAUGUUUUAUUAAAACGCGUAGGAGUCGUGUAAAAAAUAAAAGCAGUCUUUGGAAAUUUUUCUUUUUCAAAUUUUUUAAGCUUAGGCUUUUCAAUUUUACCGAUAAAAUGAAAAAUGUAUUUACCAAGAGGAAGAAAAAAAGCAUUCCAAAUAAUGGCUAUUCAAAAAACACUAUGCAAAAAGAAAGGGAAAAAAGAACAAUUAAAUUGAACAAUUUGAACAAAUUGAAUAAAUUUAGCUUAUUACUAAAAAAGGAAGAAAAAGUAACAAGCCAGCCCUUCGAUGUGUACAACUUAUGUGAUAGCUUAUUUUUAUUUAAUGAGUUAAAAAGUUAUAUCAUGGAAAAUAAAAAACAUAUAUUCGAAACACUCAUUGAACAGAAAUUCUCGUCUACAAUUAUAACUCCCUUGAAUGUACUUCCAAACGUUAUAGUAAAGAAAUAUUUCGGUGUUAUAUCUCUUCAUAUUGUAAAGGAAAAUAUUAAUUUAAAAAAUUUCGAUUUUUUUUAUCAAAGCUUAAUAUCAGAUAUACUGUUUAUAGCUAAGUCCCAUAUAAAGGCCAUUGGAGCAAACAUGCUCUCGUCUUUCAAAAUUACAAAUUUGUUCCUUCGAGAAGAAAAGUCCCACGGAUACGCACUCAUCAGCAUUUGUGGUGAUGUAGCAAAGAUAUGA